AUGGGAAUCACCUUUCUAUCACAGAGUACUGUUGGAAUUCUGGGGAAUUUCUCUCUUCUUUACCAUUAUCUCUUCCUUUACUUGACAGAAUGCAGGGUUAGGUCCACAGAUGUGUUUCUCAAGCACCUGACUGUGGCCAAUCUCUUAGUUAUUUUUUCUAAAGGAAUCCCCCAAACGACGGCAGAUUUGGGGUUGAAAUAUUUCCUUAGUGAUUUUGCAUGCAAACUUGUUUUCUACGUUCACAGAGUGGGCAGGGAUGUGGCCAUCGGAACCACCUGCUUCCUGAGUGUCUCCCAGGUGAUCACGAUCAGUCCCGGGGACUCCAGGUGGGCGGGGCUUAGAGUGAAAGCUGCCAAGUACCUGGGCACCUCCAGCUUCCUCUGCUGGGUCCUGAACAUAAUCCUAAAUGUUACACUUAUUCUGUCCAUGACUGGCAAAAGGAACAACAGAAACAUGACAAGCAACAGAGAUUAUCACUACUGUUACUCCAUAGAUGGCAGCCUCACAGUACAGUUACUGGUUUUGGCAUCAGUGUUCUUCCGUGAUGGUUUCUGUUUUGGGCUCAUGAUCUGGGCCAGCAGCUCCAUGGCUUCCAUCGAGCACCAGCACAAGCGGCGGGUCCAAUAUAUUCACAGCAACACUCUGACCCCGAGACCCUCCCCUGAGACCGCAGCCAUCCGAAGCAUCCUUGUCCUGGUGAGCACCUUUAUUUCCUUGUGGACACUGUCCUUCUUCUUCCACAUUUGUGUGGUGGUGUUUAACAACCCCAGUCCGUGGAUGAGGAAUGCUUCUGUACUACUCAACGCACGUUUUCCUACUGUCAGCCCCUACAUCCUCAUGAGCCACAACCCCAGAAUGUCCACCCUCCGCUUUCCUUGCAAAGGAACACGAAAGCACUUAAACUUAUCCUAA